GCCGUUGGGUAGAACGCUGUGCUCGCUCCGCCUGGGACUCGUCCGGGGCGGCCGAAGCAGCAGCAAGCGCCUUGUUGUCCGGUCCCGCCGCACCUCGAGCCGGCUUCAGUCUCUGCGGAGUCUGGAGAGGCGAGAGACGAGCCCCCCGCGUGCGCUCGGCUGCCUGCCUGCCUGCCCGUGUGUGGCGGCGGCUGCGCGCUUUUUCUUCUUCUUCUUCUUCUUUGCCUCCUGGAGCAGCAGCAGCAGCUGACUUUCCUCCUGGCCGUUUGGGGCAUGAGUCUUCUUCCUGAUUGGGUGCGUUGCGAGGCUGCCCCUGGCGGCGGGGAGACGCGAAAGCCACAGCAGGGCGAAGCCCUUUCUUCCGUUCUUGCUUCCCGGGACUCGGGAGGCGCCCCUGUGACUCUGCGUUUUGGCCGACUCUCCUCCUCGGUCUCCUCUGCCGGCUCUGCUGCUCGGCGAGAGGGAGGGGUUUUCGAUGCCUGCUGGGGGGCUCAGCCUGCCCUCCCUUCUCGCACUAGAAGCCUGACUAUAAGCACUGUAGGAGCCGCCGUGCCGUGUGGGAUAGGGGGCUUCGUCCCUCCUCCGGGGACAGAGCAAUGGUGACAGUCGGGUGCGAGGGAGCCGUGCUUGCUCCAGCCGAAAAUAUCCUGCCCCCUCCUCCUGGAGCGUCUUUGGCUUCCAAGUGGUCAGCCAGAGAAGGAGGGGAGCCCGUAGAAAGUUCUUGCCCGAGGGAGGGGGAACACUUUUACCCAAGCCUGGGUGCUCCCUUCCCUUCCUGGUGAGCAUCAGCUGUUCAGGGCUUGAUCAAGACAGCCUGCCCGCCCCAGCCCAUCCAAGCAGAUGCUCAACUUUGCUGGAGUCUUUUGUUUUUUGUUACAGCAGCCUUCAUGACAGGGUAGGCAACCUUGGCUCCCCAGCUGUUGCUGAACUACAAUUCCCAUCAUCCCCAUGAGGAGAUGAUGGGAGUUGUAAUUCAGAUGAUGGGGGGUGGGGUCAAGGUUGCUUUUCCAAACCGCCAAUCACUUACUUACUGAGCAACUAAUAAGCACUCCUGGGCAAGCACCUGAAAGGCAAAUUACCUGAUGUUUUUGCUCGAGAUGGGAACAUUUCAACUUAUUGGCCAGGCGCCGAUCUGAAGGGAAGUAGUACCUUGGUAUGGAAUGGCAUGUAGAGCAGCACUGGAACCAGAGGUGUCAUUUCUCUCUGGUGUGCGAUCAUUAUAACCCUUAUGAACAAAUGUGUAUUCCGUGUGCACAUGGGAUUGCCCUUGCAACAGCUCUGUGAGACUAUGGCAUUGGAGACAGAUGACUCAUCAGCCAGGUCUGGCCCAAGCAGGCCACAUCAGCCAACAUCAGCUGAUGCAUCUCUGUCUGAAGAUGACCAUCAGGUAUAUAUGGCAAGGCCUUCAGCAGCUGAUGCUUUUGCUAGUCCUCAUGGAAGGCGAUCCUAUUACCAGACUAUACUACCGAGGGAACCCUGCACAUCAAUUAAUGCUCGAAGAACUUCCUCAUCUGGAAGACCAGUGCCUGUUCCAGAUGAUGGGGUGUUGCUGGAAGGACUGCCGAGUCAACCAACAAGGCAAAGAGAUGUCGCAAUGCCUCCUUUGUAUGAAGAAGGAAGUUGUUCGGAAUCCUCCAUUAUUACGAGCUCUCCAGAUGAGGCAGAUUCCCAACAAUCAUAUUGUAAUCCCUUCACAGUUGCUAUUGGCCAGUCACCUUGGGAUGAUGAAACACCAGGCCCUUCCUACUCCAGCUCAGAGCAGGCUCAUGCUGCCAUAUCUGCUGCUUUGGACACUUGUGAUGAAGGGCCCUCUGCACGCACAAUUGAGCCUCAAAGUGUGGAGACCAAUGGUGACAGUGGCGAUUCCACUAACAACUGUGUUAUUGUUGGCUAUGUGAAACCACGAGUGGAGAGAACACCAGAACUGGUUGAGUUGUCUUCAGACUCUGAGUCUGAGGCAUCAGCUGAUGGGGGCAAAAGUGAAAAAGUGAAGGAAGUACAGUCCAUCCGGUAUCACCGUUUUGAUGCUUAUGGCCACAGAUUAUCUCAAAAAAGGAAAUCUGAUCUGCAAGAUUCUCACAGUAGAGAGCGGCAUGGCCUUAAAAGAAGGAGAAAGCAUCAUAGCCGGGAAAACCAAGAAAGGAAGAGAGAUCGCAGAAGACGCAGACAUAGGAAGAACAAAAAGUCAAGAACCAGAGAUAAAAGUCUGUCUCGCAAAAGUCAAACACGCUCUGCAAGUAGCGAGAGUGUUACGUCUAGGGAUCGAAGCGGAUCAAGAUCCCGCAGCAGUGAGACCAGGAAAAGAAGAUCUAAGAGCAAAGACAGUGAUGAUUACUUAAGAGAUGGUUACCAAUGGAAAAAACAUACCUGUUACCCUAGAAAUAGAAGCCCGGAUGGUUAUGAAUCAAGAAGUCAACCCAGUAGCAGAGCUAGAACUCUUUCUAGUGAGUCUGAGAGAACAAGAUCUGAAAAGCCUGGCGGGAAAAGGAAGCAUAAGUCUCAUCACUUGGAGAGCAGCACACACAGAGGGAAUGAAGACGCUCCUUCUGCAAAGGAAGAAAGGGCUAUUCAGAAACCUUUGCUCAACUACAGAGACUCUUACAAAAAGACAGGUAGUUUUGUGGCUGGACCACCAGAAACAGAGAUUCGACACAAAAAGGGGAAGAAAAGGUCGAGAAGCCCAACUGUGGAGAUUAUUGAUGAAGGAAACGGCACCUAUGCAAGACACCAUACAAAGAAGAAGAAAAGGGAGGAAAACACAUCCAAAAGCCAUACAGGCAAAUCUCCUUUCUCUUCUCCACUUGUAAUUACAAUAGACAGCGACAGUGACAAAGACCUUGAAAUCCAAGACAAUACUGAGCGUGAUAGUAGCAUUUCCUGGAGUCCCACCAUGCAACAGAAUGACAGAGAAAGAGAGUUUCCUUCACCCCUCUUGGAAGCCAGAGACUGUAGUUGUGACCGAGCGAAUGAAUCAGACAAAAUUGACAUGGACAGCAAUGUGACUACCACAGUGGAGGAUGGAGAUGAGACUCCAUGUAGAGUUCCACAGCUGCAGGAAAGUGCCAAUGAACAGGUAUCUACUGUGAGAGACAGUAGUAGUAGCAGUAGUUCACCUGAGACAGGCAAUCAGCCUAGCAGCACAGAAAGGGACUUAGGCAACCGGUUUCCAGCCAACAGAUCGUCUUUGUUUGCAAGGCUGAAAAAGCUUAUGGAACAGUCACGUCGGCGGGACUCAUAAUAGCAGGAAGUGUAACUUUUUACCCAGUCAUUUUUAAAUGAGGGGAAAGCAACAACAACUUUUAAUUAGACUUUUCCUAAAAUACAGUAUACCAGUGAUGAAAUACGCAUUGCACUGCUCCAAAGGCCAACUUCAAAUGACCUCUUUAAUGCAUAAAAGAUAUUAAAAUAACUUCCCAAUUUUCCCACAAAACUUGUAAGCGAAAACAAACCCGAGCCAAUGUUUUGGUGCAAUACACCAUUCUCAGGGCUCCAUUUAGGGUGUCAGCUGACGGCACUUCAAUACAGAACCUGAGAACCAAAUGCAGCAGACAGACCAUAGUUACAUUGAUUAUUUAUUACUUUUCUGAGUGUGUAUGCUGCUCUCUCCUGCCCAGAGUUUCUGUUUAUCCUCACAAACCCCUCGAGAAGUGGGUUAGGCUGAGGUAUAAGUGACCGGCCCAGGGUCACCCAGUGAGGGAUUUGAACUUGGGUCUUCUUGGACCCAGUUCAACGCUCUGACCUUUACACCACACAUGAGGGAGGAGAGAGAACAGACCUUUUGCAGAGAAGACAUGAAGGGUAUUCACACGACUGGUGGGCUGGCAGCAGGGUCCAACUCGCCUCCCCCCCCACCAAUGAUGGCAUGCCUCCUCUUCGAGCGUGCUAGCGCGUGCCUACAUAAUCUGCGUCCCGGCCUCUGGGUAUCCCACAAUGCACCAUGCAGCAAGUGCAGUGCCUUGGGGGAAUACCCCCAUGAGACGGGUCCUCUAGGUGCCCCUCUCUGUGUGUGCUUGGGCUGCAAGCAGCCUGUUGUGUCCUGUUGUGCUCUGCAUUGGUGGUGCCUCUAGUUCCCUCCCGGAUUUCUGGGUUUAUCUUCCACUGCAUUUCGACUGAUCUGCACCUAUGUUACACAUCGAAGCCUUACCUGUUUACUUCAUGCAUCUGAUGAAGCAGGAUUAGCUACACUGGGAAUCGGUUCUCUGUCCAGUACAGGUUAGGUUUUGGCUUUUUCCCUGUGGGAAAUGAAAGUACCAGACACACACUCCAAUAUAGAACAGGUUAAAAAUGAGAGUGGGGGGUGGGGGGGUAAUAAAGGAGCACACUUGAACAGAUUAAAGCUUGGUUCUGUUCAGGUUCAGUUGCUUUUUGGCUCCCUCAAUCCUCCUAAAAGUAAUUUGGUCAGAAUGAAUGUGAAUAAAAUUAUUUUAUCUAUAAAUCCUGAUCCAGCUAUAGACAUGACUAAGACAUAAUGGAUUAAAUUAGUCCUGACAAACUUAAGCCCCAUUACUUUCAGUGUAACUUAGUUAUGGCCACAUUUUUAGUUGGUUUGCAGUCAUUGUGUGUCAGGAGCUCCUUCAAUUUUUGAAGUUGAAGAUACUGCGUAAUGAAAGUGAAUCACAGCUGGUAGGUUACAGUGCACAGUGUUCAUUUUAUUCUGGAAUAAUUAACUUGAAAUGUGAAAAACAUGACGUAGCCUGACAAAAAUACUCAAAUAGGCCUGAGGGGGGGAAAACCCACACACAUAGGAAACAUCUUUAUAAUGUUCCAAUAUUGGUGUCUUGCUAUUGAGAUUUUUAAGUUUAUGCCAUCAAAUAGGAACUCUAGACCUUUAAAAGAUUAUAAUUGCGGUGUUCUGGAUUCUAACAAGUGAUGUAGGGCCUUCAAAGCACAAUGUAAUUUCUCUCUCUAUUUUGUUUCACAUAAGUUUACAGUAGUAUAUAUAUAACAUAAUCAUAUAUGUGUAAUUUAUAUAAUAAAUUAUAUAACAUAA